CUCUCUCUUUCACACGCACACACACACGCACACACACACACACACACACACAGCACCCAUCACUCCUGGCAGAGGGAAGACAGGACCACAGGAGAGCUGUUACACACCUUUAUUCCCAGCUACUCACCCAGCCAUCGCCAGACGUUUUGCUCAGGAUGUGGACUCUUCUUUUGUGGGUCACCUUUGGAUUUCUGGCCUCCUCCAGGUCGGAACUACUUGAAGUGAAUUCUCGCAGCUGCAGCUUUGCAGGAGUAUUUCUGGUUGAGGGAGCAGGUCGUCACUCUCUGACCUUUGAAAUGGCUCAAAAGGUGUGCGAGCAGCUCGGGAGUACAAUGGCAAGCCCAGAUCAAGUCCAACAGGCCUAUAAUGAAAGCAUGCAAACCUGCAGACAUGGCUGGAUCAGCAAUAAGACCACUGCCAUCCUCAGACACUCACACCAUGAAAAAUGUGCACUGAACUUGACGGGUUUGAUUUUGAAUGUACACUUAACUGGUGGUGAACUCUUUGAUGGCUACUGCUAUGAUGAAAAAGAUGGGCUUGAGAAGAACUGUACCAACUCUUUUGGACAAAAAAUGAAUGUACCCUCAGAUGAGCCAGAAUCCUCAACACCGUCUGACAUACAAGAUACUACAUCAGCAGAAGGCCAAGUAACACAAUCUGAGGAUUCUGAUGGUGACGGAGGUAACCCCACAUUAGACCCCUCAACCACAGAGGCAGAGGAUGCUACGGAGGGGGGAAGAUCCUCUGGAGGGAGUGAGAACGGCAUUGUGGGGUCCACUUUCACUACCGGAGUGUUCGAUCCGCCCACUGGUUCUGGGAUGCAGCCAUCACACUCUGAGGAGGAAACCGCCUCUCCAACGGCACCUGUUGGAGAGCCUGAGGAAACACACCAUACUAUUGAAAAUCUGCCAGGGGAUGAGACCACAGAGCAUGAAGUUACUGCUGCCAGUACAGACUCUCCUCCACCACCCCCUAAUGGCAGAAAACACAUGGAUCAGUCUGUGCCAAGGUCUGAUGAAAAGGAUGGCACUGAUUCUACAAAUUGGCUGGUAAUCUUUGCAGUGAUUGUGGCAGUUGCUGCUAUUCUCUUUGUGUGUGUAGCAGUUGCUAAAAGAAAGAGCUGGUGUGGCCAUCAGCAGACCCUGAUGAUCACAUCCAAAGAUGGCAGCGAGGGGAACGGGGCAACAGCAUUGGCGUCUAGCUCCCACGCCCAGGAGAGAGAGCAAGAAAUGGUGACCCUUAUGAACAAGGAGAAGAUCCAAGAAAAUGGCAACACAGAGGAGUUCACCGUCAUCACGCUAGAGGAGUCGCCAGAUAAAGAACAGCUGGCAUGAGACAGAGGAGCAUAGAGGCAGACAUGACAGAGUAGGAGAGGAGAGGAAAGGAAAGGUGGGGCAGGGUGAGGAGUUGGUUAGGAGAUUGGACGGGUGAGGGGUUACGGCCACAAACACUUUAGUGGCCAGCACUGAAUGGACAGUGGGUGGGAGAGGGCUGAUGCGUGUGUUAUUUAGAAAUAUUGAAGUUUAAAGUAUUGUACCUGGUCUGAAGCUAUUGAUUCUCAGUGAGAUCAGGUCUUUCAAACCACCACGUGCAGCAUUUUGACCUGCAUGCCAAGUUAGUUAGGACUGAAUGGAGGUAAAAGAUAGAGCAGGUUGUGAAUGUGUUGUUUGUCAGUACUUUGUGUUAAUGUGGUUAUAUGCUUUGUUGGUGAUGGGGGUGGAUAGGCACUGGUUUUAAAGGGAGGAGGGUGGUGGGGUUUUCUUUUUUCUUUUUGAAUUGGUGAAGCCCAAAAGUGUAAGGCUUAUCAGCCAAAAUGGGAAAUGAACAAUCAAUUACAAUGAACUGGACUGGAUAUUAAUGGGUUAUUUAAUUUGAAAUACUGCAAAGAAAAAGAAAAAAGAAA